CCCUAGUUGGCAGGACGUGGUCACCACUGUUGAUUUCAUUUCAUGGUCUCUGAACUCACAUCAGGAACGUUAGCCGACAACAAUUUAAUCGGAACGGUCAAAUGUGGAUCGCGGCGCUCUUUGCGCGCGAAUGAACCAGUGAGAAACCCACACAGCAUUACACGACACCACAACAUUAUGAAGUGUCGAGUCGCCUUUUGAGUUCUGUCCAUUUCCCUAUCAGAGAAGAUGGAGCCGCAGGUGACCUGGGAUGAUCUGUGACCUCUCCUUGACUGGAACGUUCCGGGCUUUUCUACUUUUUUAUAUCGCUCCUGGAGUUCUGUAUAUCCUAGACAAGCACAGGCGGCUUUGGUAAAAAGACUGGUUCGAACCGACCAGUCUGCAGAUUUUCUCAGUAAAGCAAAAAGCGAGGUGUCAAGCAGACAGUUGAAAAAAAGCGCCAGCAUGGAGACGCUGUCCCAAGACUCUAUCCUGGAGUGCCAGAUCUGCUUCAACUACUUCAGCCCGCGGCGGCGGCCCAAGCUGCUGGACUGCCACCACACGUGCUGCUCCGUGUGCCUGACGCAGAUGCGGGCCGGGCAGCGCGAGGUGCGAUGCCCGUGGUGCCGCCGCGUCACCAAGCUGCCCGCCGGCCUGUCCGUCUCCCAGCUGCCCGACGACCCGGACCUGGUGGCGGUGGUGGCCAUCCCGCACGCCUCCGAGCACACGCCCGUCUUCAUCCGCCUGCCCAGCAACGGCUGCUACAUGCUGCCCCUGCCCAUGGCCAAGGAGCGGGCACUGCUGCCGGGCGAGCUGGGCUGCCGGCUGCUGCCCGGCGGGGCCGGGGGCCUGGGGCCCGGGGGCAAGGGCAGUGGCAUGGCGGUGGUGACCAUGACUGAACAGGAGCCCCUGGGCCUGGGCAGUCUGGAGGGCCUGGAGAUGGAGGAGGAGCGGAGAGGAGGGGCGGUGGGGGGAGGCGGCGGCGUGGGGGGGAAGGGCUCCACGUGGUCGGGGGUGUGCACGGUCAUCCUGGUGGCCUGCGUGCUGCUCUUCCUGCUGGGUAUCGUGCUCCACAACAUGUCCUGCAUCUCCAAGCGCUUCACCGUCAUCUCCUGUGGCUGAGCUGAGCUGAACUCACACGCUGGGCCACUCUGUGUUUUGAGAUCCCCAUAACCAUACACUUACACCCUUACACACACACACACACACACACACACACACACACACACACACACACACACACACACACACACACGCGUGCGCACACACACACACACACACACACGCACACGCACACACGCGCACACACACACACAAACACACACACACACACACACACAGAGAUACACACAAACACACAUGCACACACUCCUAGCAUCCUCCCAUGGUGAGGACUGUGUUUGAAAAGACAAAACUAAAUAAAAAUUGAUCUGAGUUGUGUUGCAACUGAGAAGGGAAAAAAUGGAAAGUGGAUGUGAGACAUUAAAAAAAUGGCUUCAUGGAUUGUAUGGAUGCUACACUUUUCUUUUGACAUUUUUUGGGACUGUGGAGAUACGCAGUUCUUACAAUGCAACGAAAUUACUCUUGCAUACAAACUAACAAACAAACAAACACACAAAUUCACACACACACACACACACACACACACACAGCUACAUUCCUGUCAAUGGAUCCUCCAGGUGUCUCAGAGCGGAUCAAUUUGCCUUGGGCGCUGGAUAAAAAACAUCAGGGUCUGUCCUUCCCAGAGCAGCCCUGAUACAGGCUGGACACUCUAUACUGUCUAUAUGCGGUCAGUAGGUGUUGGCCAGUAGAAGCAUUUACUUUCCUGUUUAUUACUUCCUGUUUGGUUUUUCCUAUGUAAGUAAAAGAGUACACAACUACACAAUGUGAGACGUUAUAUACUGUAAUCCAGUAGCUAGACCAUGGCCUGGCUUGUGUAGUUUAACAACAACACCCGUGUUAACAUGUAGACAUGCUCACAAUGUAGUUGAGUAUUUGUGAAUGGGUCCUGUGUUUUAUUUCAUUUGAUCACCGAGAACAUAAGGUGUGGACAACCGCUUUGUUCAUAACAGCGUAUGCAGUGAUCACUCAAUCUUGGUGUUGUCAAAAGCAAACUAAACAGAACAGGGAGAUACAGUAUAUGUUAAUAUAAUACUAUUAUACCAGCAACGUGUAACUUAAAGCACAGAUCCACCAUGCCAGUGGUAGGAGACUGGAUAGUAAUAACAACAAUAAUGUCUUCUGUAAAGAAGUCCCUGGAGAAAGUGCUGUACGUACUGUACGUCUCUUUGUUCUUUAAUGUCCCCUUGUCCACCCAAGAAAACACCAUGCAGGUGCUGCUCUUAAAAGGGAGGAGGUCAGUGUUUGAUCUUGCCUGUGGCACACACACACACACACACACACACACACAAGCACACAUACACACUCACACACACACAAACACACACACACACACACACACACACACACACAUACACACUCCCUGCAUUCAUUGAUCUGAUGCUGAGUGCAGGCUUUGAGUCAUGUAAUAGAGCGAUGGAGCAGUGCUCAUAUGUGUGUGUGUGUGAGUGUGUGUGUGUGUGUGUAUGUAUGUGUAGCUGAACUAGCUACACAGUAAUCCCAUUGAUUUAUAAACUGUGGUUGUCUGUAGAGACCUUUGACUUCUCCCGUGUGUGCCAAAUGACUUGUUCCUUUUGUCUCUCUCUCUCUCUCUCUCUCUCUCUCUCUCUCUCUCUCUCUCUCUUUCUCUUUUAAUUUUAGAGUGCAUACACAAGCAAACAGGGUGAAGCAUUUUGUAUAGAUUACAUGUAAGGCAAAAAAAAGCAAUGAUUGUGUGUCACUGUUUGCAGAUAUCUGUGUUUUUGUGUGACUGAGGAAGCAGCCUUUUGUCAAAGAGAGGAGUGACAGCAGGUCAUGUGAUGAUGUGUUUUUCCCUCCCUGAUCCAAGAUUUUAAGGAAGCUGAUUAAAAAUGUUCAUACAUAGUUGUCUGCUCGUGAGACACACCAUAUGUCUGACGGACGAUUACAACAUCUGUAGAACUUGAAACUGUGUUUGAAAUGUUCAGUUGAUAAAAAGGGGAAACAACAACAACAUCGAUGUGUUCCAGUCGGAGACCUGAAAUGCCCCACUGUGUUGGCCAGAGUUGUCCAUCUGUGUAGGGAAAUGAAACCGAGUAGGAUGGACAAGCCACAGCGUGGCUAACACAGCUAACUUACGGUUCAACAUGGUCAACAGAUACUACAGCCUAUAGCAUGCUAGUGUGGGGUAGAAGGUAUCCGCUAGGGCAGAUAGGCGAGAACUAGAUCACAUGAUCAAUAAGGCGGCGGUGAGAUGGAGGAUGGAGAGAUUUAGACAGCAUGGGAGCCCUGGAUUUGUAGACUGAUGUGAAAUAAUCUGAUCAUACUGUACACUCACUGAUAACCCAUAUCUCCAGCCUGGUCAGUUUGUGAUGGCCCUUCAGAGAUGGUAGCCAUCAACAAACUGGUGCAUCUUGCUCCUUUUGUGGCAAUAUCAAAAUUGACUGUUAAGUAACCAUUGUGUGUGUGCAUUUGUGUGCAUGUGUGUGUGUGUGUGUGUGUGUGUGUGUGUGUGUGUGUGUGUGUGUGUGUGUGUGUGUGUGUGUGUGUGUUUUCCAGGAAUACAUUCAACAUAUUCAGUCAUUCCAGCAGUAAUUAGCCAAUGUUUGUCUUUUUACAAUGUCAGUGGAUGGAAUGGAAUGCUGAAAUCAAACUUGUUCUCUCAGAAAUAGGAUUUACUUUCAUCUCCGUCGAUGAGCUUUCGCACAUUUGAUUGGCUCAUGUAAGUAGGUUAUUUCUUGAGAAGUUUUUGAAGUGAGAACAUCUAAAAAAGCAAAAAGACACCUUUGGGACUAAUUGAUGACCCUGUAGUUUCUUUGACUUAAUUACUUUAUGUGAUUAAAAAUGAAGCAUCUAAUUGACAGAUGCAAUAACAGGUGCCUGAGAAAUUAGUUCAUUUUGGAAACAGUUGCCUCAUGUACCCCCUUAUGUGUACCUUCUUUUUCGUAACACCAACAUACAAAACUACUGUAAAGAGUCAGUACUGGUUUGUCUAGACUCUGGUUAACACAAUAUACUACCUGUGUGUGUGUGUAUACUUGAGAGAGAAAGGCAUUUUAAUGAUGUGUGUGUGUGCGUGUGCGCAUUAUGUUGUACAGUACCUCUGUUGUGAUGUUUGUUCAUGUCCCAAGGUUUACUAUUAAAUAAUACUUUGAAUCAA